AUAGAAUUCGCAUGAAUUAAACUUAUGUGAAAAGGUUUUAGUUGGACCUUUUGGCCACACAUUGAUUUCAUUAUGUCUAAACAAGGAAAGCUCACUUUAUGUAUUGUUGGAUUUUUAUUGGAAGUGAGCGCAGCAGCAGAUCCCAUCCAGAUCCUUAAUACAAGCAUCGCGGUAACAUCAGACGGGGAUCCAUACUGGCCCGCAGAUCGGGUCAACGAUGAUUUUAGUCAGUUUGACAACAUCACCUUGUUACUGGGAAAACAGGAUCAAUCACUUCAAAACGAAGCGUUCACUUCGAAUAACCGGUCGUUUGCGAUGACUUUACUGGCUCCUCCACGCGAAGUAUAUCGUGUACGAGUUUCGGGUGAAGUCCUAUCAAAUAUCAUGACAACAAAUACACAUUUGACAAUAUGCGAGAUUAUGAUAUACCGACAAGCAGACUGCCUACCCGGAAAGUACAGUGCAAACUGUUCAAGAGAGUGCCAUUGUCUUUCUGGACCAUGUGAAAGUGUCACGGGCACAUGUAUGUCUGCGGUGUGUCAAGACGGCUGGAGAGGACUCGCCUGUAAUGAAACCUGCAGCCCUGGGACGUUUGGUAAUAACUGCUCCUCCAUAUGCCAUUGUUACGACAAUGUAACAUGUCAUCAUAUUGAUGGUACCUGUCCCGAUAGCCAAUGUGCAACAGGAUGGACGCGUGACAACUGUAGCGUAGCCUGCAAACCUGGUUUCUACGGACAAAGCUGCGCUAUGGACUGUCACUGUGACACGUGUCAUCACGACAAUGGAUCGUGCGUAGGGUCUCUUCAAUGCCACGAUGGAUUCAGAAUGGAAAAUGGUUUCUGCACACCUAUGAGCCCACAUGGUCAAACUGAUAAGUAUUACAACGCCAUAUUAGCUGUGUCUUCGGUUCUUGGAGUUGUUGUAGCGGCUGGAAUAGUAUUAAGUGUGCUGAUAAUCAGAAGGAAACAUCUCCAAUCAGCUGGAGAAAAUCGUGCUACCAAAGAGUCGUCUUCUCACGAAAUGUACGACGACUUGUCACCAAAAUCAACGAAUCCUCACCUCUAUGACGGCUUGCAUAUGUCAUGAACAAAGAAGAACAACAAUAUUAUACAACUAUAUACAAAAGGGACAGUGCACAAACACGAGAUACAAAUUAUUAUCAGCCCAAGGUGACGUAAACAACACUGAGCACCUGAACACAUGAUGAACAUACACAGUAAAUAAAGAACAAUUGAUACCCAUGUGGAGAAAGCUAACAUUACAGUACCCACAGGACGAGAAUCAUAGGCAUACGAAGGCAACACAGCAACCAACAAUGGGUCAAGUGUCAUAUGAAAAUACCUCCACGUUUUAGUUUAUAAUUCCACUAAAAAUGUUCUCUUGCUCUAUAAAUAUACCGAUCAUCAAGGUAACUUUGCCUAUCUGACUUUAUAAAUGUUGCAUAACAAUGGUAUAAUAAAAAUACUGCACUAAUUUACUUACUUAAUUAUACAAAUCUAGCACAACUAUGGUAUGAUGAACUUGUAUCACGGUUGAUGUAUAUUGCAGUAUCGUCGUUUUGAGUUCAUACGUCAUUUUUUACAAUCAGUGACAUCUACAGAAACAGGUUUAUUUGUGUAUGCCUCUUGUUAUCCACUUAAUAAAGAUACUACUAAAUAGCAUAAACAGUAACUAAAUAUUAUAUACAUAGAUAGUAUUGGAAUCACACAAAUAUGUUAAAAUUUAUCAAAUUCUUACCAACUGACAACGCAAAAACAAUUAAAAAUAUUGCAACAUUUAUUUUUAAAGCAGCUGAAUUGAGAAAUGAAUUGAAUUUUUAAUAGUUUCGCUCCAUAUAUAACUGUCUAUUUGUAGUCAUGGCAAUACAAGCUAUAUGUAUACACAUUCUUAGAUCAUUCAAGUUUAUUUGAAUAAGAUACGACUUUACAAUAUGCAUAUACCUACCUUAAAUUAGUAUGUUACGGUACAAUGUUUUAUAAAUACAUAUACAUGUUAAAAAAUAGCCGUGUAUUUUCAAUAUGCAUGUCUUGAGAGUUGCAAAUUCCUUUUAUUGUUAAUUCUUAAGUUGCACUGCUAGAAUUGAAUAUGUAAAUGCAUGUAUGUCAUUGAACAUUGUUGACUACAUUGAUGAUUGUGUGUUAUAUGUAUGUGUACUUAUAGGCUUCAAGCCUAAUUUAUUCUGAAAUUAAACCAUACAACCAUAUUUUAUAACAUAAUAUUACAAUUUUAAUACCAUAUUAGUACAAGUUGAUAGUUGAAAGAAUGCCAUUAAUAUUUUGUAUCGAUGUACAAAGAAAGAGUCAAUGCAGGUAAUUGUGUGUGAUCAUAUGUACAUAUUGAUAAUCUAUAUUCAAAAGUUUACCUCGAGUACAUUUAUGUCAUUAUCUAUCAGGCUAUGUACUGAGAAAUAUAUAUAAAUAUUGUUUGGGACAAAACUGGUUGACAGAUAAUGUCAUCAAAAAGUGCACCUUAUUUGCGCUCAUAGUUAUAUAAUUAAUGUUAGCUUUUAAUAAGGGUAUGUUCACAAAUUAUUCAUAGUAAUAUGUUAUACAAAUUUGACAAAUAUUUAUCAAAAUACUUCUGUUCACUAUAUACAUUUACAGUGAAUGGCCUUAUAUAAAACUAAUCAAACCAAUCAAAACAAGUGCUGAUCGUAUUUCAGUAUCCCGUAUCAA